GGUCAGGAUGGCGGCUCGACGAGCUAUGAAGGCCGUACUGGUGGAUCUUAGUGGCACUCUGCAUAUUGAGGACACGGCUAUCCCGGGAGCUCAGGAAGCUCUCAGGAGGUUACGUAGCUCUCCUCUGGCCAUACGCUUUGUGACAAAUACCACCAAGGAGAGUAAGAGGACCCUUCUGGAAAGGCUGAGGAAGCUGCAAUUCGACAUCAGCGAGGAUGAGAUCUUCACCUCUCUGACUGCAGCACGGAAUUUGGUGGAGCAGAAGAACGUCCGCCCCAUGCUGUUGGUGCAUGAUAGCGCUCUGCCCGACUUUGAAGGAAUCGCCAGCGACGGUCCCAACGCGGUGCUGAUAGGAUUAGCUCCCGAGCGCUUCAACUACCAAACCAUGAACGAGGCCUUCAGGCUGGUCCUGGACGGAGCGCCAAUCAUUGCCAUCCACAAGGCCAGGUACUAUAAGAGGAAGGACGGUCUGGCAUUGGGUCCCGGCCCAUUCGUGACGGCACUGGAGUAUGCUACUGACACCAAAGCCACUGUGGUUGGGAAGCCAGAGAAGACUUUCUUCCUGGAAGCCUUGCGGAGCACAGGCUGCAGCCCGGAGGAGGCCGUCAUGAUCGGGGAUGACAGCAGAGAUGACAUCGGAGGGGCACAGAACACUGGAAUGUUGGGCAUCCUGGUCAGAACAGGAAAAUACAGAGACGGAGAUGAACAUAAAAUAGAUCCAGCACCACACCUGACCUGUGCAAGUUUCCCCGAAGCCGUGGAUUACAUCCUAAAGGAUCUGUUAUAAGGAGAUCUCAUGCAGACUGAACCGCCUGCCACCCUUCUACCUCCAA